AGGGCCAGAGGCGGCUUUAUUGAUGUCUCAUUCAUAUUUUCAGAAAGGAAACGCCUAUCUGUUGAUGGCAUCUUCAGUUUGUAACGCUGAUCCUAUUGCAGCUGAUUUAAGGCGACUGCGCAGAGCAGCACAGCCGCAACAGAGGAGUGUUCGCGCAGCACCGUCCAGCCACCAUGGUCAAGACGAGAAAAGCCCAACUCACAGUCUCUACUGUCAACAGAGGAGUUAUGUCUUCAGCGUGAGGCGUUUUAUAAAUACAAACUGUAUGAUCAGCCUGGACGAUCUGGGACGACUUUCAGCUUUUGGCCUGAAAGACAGUUGCGUUGCGCGUAAGAGCCAUAAACUAGGCAACCGAGAACACUUGUAUUCUUGUUUCGUUCGGCGAAAAAAGCCCAUGAUGAAAUUCAAGCCCAAUCAGACGAGGACUUACGACGGAGAGGGCUUCAAAAAACGAGCAGCCUGUCUUUGUUUUAAGAACGACCGAGAGGACGAGGUCUUGCUUGUUAGCAGCAGUCGGCAUCCAGAUCAGUGGAUCGUUCCAGGGGGUGGGAUGGAGCCAGAAGAGGAGCCGGGAGGUGCUGCGGUGCGAGAGGUCUAUGAGGAGGCUGGUGUGAGGGGCACCCUUGGCAGGCUGCUGGGAGUGUUUGAGCAGAACCAGGACAGCAAGCAUCGAACGUAUGUGUACGUGCUUACAGUUACAGAGACACUGGAAGACUGGGAGGACUCUGUUAAUAUCGGUCGGAAGAGAAAAUGGUUCAAGAUUGAUGAGGCAAUCCGGGUGCUACAGUGCCAUAAACCUGUCCACGCAGAGUACCUCCGCAAACUCACUCCUCGCUGCGGCCCCACAAACGGCAACUCUCAGGAGCCAGCGAACACAGACGACAACGCCCCCCUCCACCAAACAACCUCACAAGACUGUGGACUGUCCCGUUUACACAGAUAGAACUGCCUACAGAGGGCACCAACGCAGAACGUACUUUAUAAGGCAAACUAUCCUCGGACUGGAAGAAACUGUUUUUGCAUGAGAAAUUUCAAUGUUUACUCUUCAAAACUUUUUUAAGUGUAGAAACCAAAGGAUAGUUGAGACGUCUGUCAGUUUCAGCUCAUUGAGAGUAAUUUCCCUCAUUUUUCAUUUAUAAAACGACUAUUUCAAGCCAAAUUAGUUGUAGUAACCGUAUAUAGAAGAGCAUGAUGUCAAGUAUUAAGUGCAGAGUAAUAGAUGUGGUGAACGUGAAAAUGUUAUUUGAAGGUUAUUCUAGAAGAGAGUCAGACAGUGAUGGAUUUGUACAGUUGUUUUGCCAAGGUUUGAGAAGGGACAAUCGUAAUGGGUCAUUCAGAAUGGUGUCUGUUUAUAUCUAAUAGUUAUCUAGGCCUAUCUGUUAGGUAUUUGGUCAAUGAAAAUUCUCACAACACAGAACCAAAUAGGAAAGUAGUAUAAUUUCUUCAACAUGUGUCAAACUGAUCAAUUAUGUCGUUUGUAAAUAGUUUAAAUCUGGGCUGAUUUUGAUGAUAUUAGAUGCCUUCAUCACAGAUAUCUACCUGUAAUAUAGGUUAACAUGCUGUGAUGUUUGAAGGUAUUUUUACAGUCUGGUCUUAAAUGUGAAUUUCCACAUUAAAGAGUGAAAACUGGUUACCCGUCUUUCUUUUUGCAUAUAGACGAAAAAAGUUUGGUCCUCUGUUAGGCAGAAGAACUUCAUGUCGCCAUGUCAAUUCACAGUUCUAUCUUCUCGAGCCAGGGUGGCAUUUCCUAAAAUGUGAACAAAUUAAAAGAAUUGCAACGGUGUCGUUGGUUCAUGGAAGACUUUGGAUUGUCAUUUUGUUUAUAUCGUCCCAAAAUAAAUUCUGAAUAUUUCAGAAAUACAAAAUGGUAACACUAUUCAUGUCAAACAAACCAAUAUAACCAAGUAGACUUGCCUUAUGUUCUAUUUUCAUUUUUUUUUCACAGUGUUUUAUAAAAAAAGCAACAGAAAUGCAAUAAACAUGUGUUGUUAUACUAACAAUGAGAAGGAAUUUCACAACUGUGUGUAUUUUGACGGUGAACAAUAUGUGGAAUUCACUAAAUUGCAAUGAGAUAUGUGGCCAAACUGUUUUAAUGGGACUGUGUAUGGUUAAUAAGCAUACUUUUCUUUCCUCAUGUCAGUUAAUAUAUGUAAAUAUGUUUUAAUAUUCUAAAUUUCAGCUUCUGGCUAAGUAGUUUAUUUACAGUAGUAUGAAUCUCACAGUUUUAACGAUUGCACUGCUUAAAACACAAGCACCUCAACCCUUAUUUAUCAAUAACUUAUUUGUCAAUAAGGAUCAAUGAAUAAAAGGUAAUGUGUAAAAGAUGUGUGUGUUCAAAUGUUCCUAAUGUGAUUUGACAGAAUUAACAAAAUGUUGGUUUCUGUCAACUUUGAUUGAUUGUCUUUGAGAAAAUCAGCAAAGCCCCGAACAAACUGAAAACAAUAAAUAACUUCUAACAA